AUGGGCGAGCUCCCGUUCUCCCGGGCGCACAGCGGCCUGCACCCGGACCACCUGUGGAUCUGGGAAAGGGCCGUGUAUGUGGACGAGAACCAGCGCACCUGGCUGCCCAUAACCAUCGAGACGGAGAGCAGCCUCCAAGUACUCAUGCGGCAGGAGGACGUCCCCUUGGGGGUGGCUGUAUGCCCCAGCCAGCUGGCCCCAUGCCUGCUGCCUGACAUGUGGCAGCUCUACCCUGGCAGAAGAUACAGAGGCUCAGACUCCAGUUUCUGGCGCAUAGUGUACCACAUUGAGUUCAGCGGCACCGAGGACAUGCUACUUGAGCAGCUGCCAGACCCGGACUGUUGA